GUCUGCAGUAGAGAAGGGGCCUAAUUUUGCUCCCUUGGCUAAUGAGCUUAGCUCAUGCUGAGCAGCUUUUAGUCCUGCAGGUUGUUGUUAUAGUGGGUUGGUGAGAGGAGCCAGAGCAGAAGAGUGAAUCUGAGAAGAGGUGUAGUGCAGCAAAAGCUUGAGCACUUCUCUGUUUGCCUGUCAGGACCACCACUGCUUAUGCUGGCACUGCGGCUGGGACAUCUUUCUCUCUCCCCCUCCCUCCCUCUAUCCUGCUUCUCUCUAAUACUACCUGACUCCCCUCUCUCUCCCUCUCUGCCUGUCCCGGAGCACUGACGGAGUACUUUUGUAGCUGCAUCACUUCUCGGUCAGCUGUUCUGUCUUCCCGUGUCUUUCACUUCUUUUCUGUCUUAAACUCUCACCUGACUCUGUUGCCAAAAUGUACCGGAAUCCGUGGAUCUCAAAUUACCUGAGUCACGUCAAGUUCUGCAGCCAAGGAAUUGGGAGUGAGAACCCCAUUAAACCAAGCAAUCCCAGAUUGCUACAGAAGAGAGCACUUAGCUUCCAGAAAGAAUUCUCCUGUGACGAAAAGGACGACCCAGCCAAAAGCACCAAGGAUAUAGAUGUUAGUCUCUUGGCCAAUCUCCCUAAAGUCUCUGAAUUGAGGAAACUAUUUGAGGGGAUUACCACAAGCACAAGUGACUUGGAAAUGAACAGAAAGGAGCGCAUUGCUCGGCGGUUGGAGGGUAUAGAGGGUGAAGUGCAUCCGUCUCUGCUGCCUACUUUGGUGGCCAACCGGCUUCUGGAGGAGGACACUCCACGAUACACUAGGGCCUCUGACCCCUGUGAGCCCUGUGCUGUUACAGUUCAGCGUUAUGGCAUGGAGGGAUUUGAAAGCCCAGAAAUGCAGUUGAUGGCUCCAGAGCGCCAAUCCAGAGCUCGGUGCAGGCCUGAGCCUCAGUCCUUCAUCCACACUGAGCCAGUUCACAUUUCGGGUCCGACCAAAGGUGUUCCUGAGUUGGAGUCCAAGGCUGAACGCAUUGCCCGCUACAAGGCAGAGCGGCGCCGGCAGCUGGCCGAACGUUACGGCAUCUCUUUGGAUCAGGAACCCGACUUGGACCAUCACUCCCGCUACCCCCGCUCUCAGAAAGAGUUGGACUGCUCAGAGAGACGUAAUAGAGGGGAGCUGGUGGGAGAGGAAGGCAGGGAUAUCACCCUAAGUGCUUACACCAGUACCUUAGCUACUAGCCCAAGGGGAGGCCGUUCAGCUCCACCACACGGCUACCCGGACCCAGGCUGUGAUAUUGGUCACACCAGGGUGGAGUUGUUCUCGGAGAGAGAGAGGCUGAUGAACCUGGAGAAUCAGCGCAGGGCCGCUCCGCCUGAGCUUCCAUCCUCCUCUUCAUACAUGGACGUGAUGUCAUCUUCCUCCUCUGCUAAGGUGCCUGCAAAAGACUACACAGUAACCGGCAUACCACCCAGUUCACCCAAGCAGGGCAGGCACCCCCCCCUCUCCUCGCCUAAACAUGGAGCGUCUCCUGGUGACCUGUUCAUUGAGCAGCAAGCCCAGAACGUCCUCAGCAGACAGGGUGCAAAGACGAAACUUAGUACUGAUUGGUUCCUCCAGACUGAUGCUGAAGGCGACACCCACUCCCUCAUCAACUGGCCUUCAAGAAUCAGAGUUAGGGAGAGGCUUGUCAGGGAGGAGGGCCGGCAGAAGAGCCCAGAGUUCGGAAAUGUUACAGAAGGCCUAGUGUACCGCAGACAAUUUCAGCACCAGCCCCAGGUUUCUACACGCUACCACGCAGACCCACUAGGCCCACAGCAGGCCUAUUCCCACCAUCAUCCACAAGUUCAGCACAGCCGGUCCGGUCCACAGGGAGGGCAAGAAGUUGGCAAUUACCCCAGUUAUUUGUCCAUGACCUCUGGUCCUACAUCCAGAACUGGGCAGCAGCAACAGCAGGUGGAAGAGGAAGAAGCUGGUGAGGCUGAGGAGGUCAAGACAGAGGGCCUUCUGAGGAGCAGAAAAGCAGUCUUGCCUUCACAGAUCCGGCGCAGAGAGAGGAGCACUGAAGACCCACGAAGAGGGCGAGGUGAGGAGGAGCUGGUCAUGUACAGGAUGCAAAGAGAGGCUGAGGCAGAGGAACCUGUUAGAGGGGGACUUGGAGACAGACCUAGAUGGGAGGAAGCAGAGUAUACCUCCUGUCUGCAGGCGGCAGAGCGCCAACCAAGAGAGCGGGAAAACGCUGAUCGUGUCCACAAAAGACCGGCUGCAACCCACAUUGAGCCCAGAACAUCUCACACAGGGCCAGGAAGUUCCAGCUCCACCACAGCUCUGAGCCGAUCCGUGUCUGAUGCUGGAAAUCAGCGAGGACCCAAUCAGAGGAGCUUGCAACACCAGACCCAGGAACCCCGAGACGUCAGAGAAAGAGAAAGUUUGAGUAAUGGAGAGAGUCACCAGGACACCAGGGUGUCUGUGGCACAGCUCAGACAUUCCUACAUGGAGAGCACCACCACUCCUCCAACCAGCCGCAGGAAUGAGCUUGAAAUGGAGGAGCGUAGGGCACUGACGGGCUACAAGGCCCCAUGGAGAGGGGAAAGGGACAGGGGGCGCAGGCCCCGGCAGUAUGUCUAUCCUGGGGAGAGUAGAAAGACCUCUGAGAGGUUUAGGACACAGCCCAUCACUUCUGCUGAGCGCCAUGAGACUGAUAGGUCUUGUGUGAGUUCAGACUUUGCUUCCACUGAAGCUGAUGAAGAGAAACUAGAUGAACGGGCCAAGCUGAGCGUCGCAGCUAAGCGCUCUCUCUUCAGGGAACUGGAGAAGAGCGUCGAUGGCGGAGCUCCUAAACUGCGGUCCAGGAAUGCCGCUGUGGACAGGAGACUAAGACGGACACAAGAUCGAUCCAGAACUCAGCCGGUCACCACUGAGGAAGUAGUCAUCGCAGCCACCGCCCCAUCUCACGUGCCACAAAUGGUGUCCACUCACGCUGCCGUAGCACGCGUCCCUAGCCCCACCCUAGUUUACAGCACUGUCCCACCAUACAGCCUGCAGGCAUCCUCACAGCAGAGUGCUGUUGCCCAUGAGCAAGUGAGCGAGGCCCGGCAGGCGCAGGAUACCAAGGAGAUCCGGGGCCUGACGCAGACAUCAUCGCUAAAAGAAAAAGAUACGAAGCAGAGCGAGACUCAGGAGGAGCCUGACCUCUGCACCCUCAGCCUGGCUGAAAAGAUGGCGCUGUUCAACCGGCUGGCUCAGCCUCCAACCAGGGUCACCCACACAAGAGGGGACACGCGACAGCGGAGGGCCAACGCUCGCUACCAGACACAGCCAAUAACACUGGGAGAUAUGGAACAGGAGCUCUCAGACGUAGACCUCAGGGAUGAGCAGGAGCUGUGUGACAGUCUGGUAGAAGACCUACAACUUCAAAACGGCACAGGCUCCCGUUUUGGACACCACCUAUCUUCCUCAUCUUCCUCUACACUCAGAGCAGGAGGGACGGUGUCCAGUGACCACGCCGGAGACAUCCACAUAUCCACGGCAGCCUGCGUGGAGCCCACCUAUGCCAGCUCUGACAGGUCUCUGCCCCCUCGCCAACCGGACAGCCCAGUCAGGGGGUCCCAGGGAUCCUCAGAUCACCACAGGCAUCACAUUUUGCCCCAAGUGGAAGACCAGAUUGAUCUGGGAGGGGGGAAGAGGAAGUUGCCCUCUCCUGAGAGAGCAGUCAAGCAGACCACACUGCCCCAGCCCCAGAGUGGAAGAGAAAGGAGAGAAGAGGAGGAAGAAGCAGAGGAGGAGCAGCUGCAGCAGCGGGCGGACAGAGCGAUAGAAGAGGAAGUGCUGUGGAGCUCAGAGCACCACAGGCUCCAGGACAGCCAGGAGCAGAGCCAGAAGAGCAGGGCCACCAGUGGAGAGCUGCUGGAAUCCACUGUGGUAACAUCCAGAGCAGCAUCUGGCUUCCCCGAAGCAGCGGACCUGCACACGGACAGCAACGCACACCCAGCCGGCCCGGUUGAGCCUGAGCAGGGAGACGAACUGAGCGACAGGAUGAUGGCCCGACACAUGUCCAUCAAAGAGAGAGUCGCCUUGUUGAAGAAGAGCGGCGAGGAGGACUGGAGGAACAGGAUCAAUAAGAAGCAGGAUGUGGUGAAGAUUGCUGCAGCAGAGCAGAACGCUCAAUUCUGGGAGGUGGAGCAGAGCUUCAAGAAGAAGGAUGAUGAAGCGAUGAUGAUGAUUGACGAGUUUGCUGUGUCCGACCAGCUUUGGGAGCCAGUGUUUGCUGCUACUUUCUCUACUCCUCCUGAGCCUCCUUACAAUGCAACCGAAUCAGCCAGUCAGGCCAUCAGAUCUCGCAGACCCGUGCAGGUGGAUGAAAAACACCCCUGGAGACGGAAGAGGUUAGCAGAGGCUGAGAUGGAGUCUCAGAGCAUCGAGGCUCACAUGUCCAUUGAGGAGAGGAAGCAGCUGAUCGUGGCCCGAGAGGAAGCCUGGAAGUCCAAGGGCCACGGAGCUGCCAAUGACUCAACCCAAUUCACUGUGGCUGCACGCAUGGUGAAGAAAGGUCUGGCCUCCCCUGCUGCUCUUCAGACUCCUGUGCCGUCCAAACCCAAGAAUGGCAACAUUGCCAUCUCUAAACCACAGGAUGAAAUCAAGGCCAUGCCAGAUCUGAACCUGGAGUCAGACAGGAAGCUGGACAAAUUGGAGUCAUUCCUGGGCAAGCUCAACAAUAAAAUGUCUGGACUGCCAGAAGCAACCAUCACAGUGACGGAGAAGAAGGUAAAGGAAGUGAUGACCCUCGAAGACGAAACUUUUUCCAAGUUCUACCGCCAAGUGGAGGAACUCCCUUCCAUCACCAACAAGCUGGAGAUAGAUGACGACUUUGAUGCCAUCUUUGGUCCCCAGGUGCCAAAGCUGACCUCAGAGAUGGUACAGCACAAGCGGGCAGUGCGCCCAGCGCGUAAUGUCCAGUCAUCCAGGAACCCUCUGAAGAUGCUGGCUGCCAGGGAGGACAUCAGACACGAGUACACAGAGCAGAGGCUCAACAUCGGCCUGCUGGAGAGCAAAAGGAUGAAGGCUGAGAAGAUGAAUAAGAACUCUGGUUUCUCUGAAGUGGCUCUCGCCGGUCUGGCCAGCAAGGAGAACUUCAGCAACGUCAACCUGCGCAGCGUCAACAUCUCAGAGCAGAUGUCCAACAACAGUGCUGUGCCUUACAAGAAACUCAUGCUGUUGCAGGUCAAAGGCCGCCGGCACAUCCAGACCCGGCUGGUGGAGCCACGAGCAUCCUCCCUGAAUAGCGGCGACUGUUUCCUGCUCAUCACACCACAACACUGCUUUAUCUGGAUCGGAGAGUUUGCCAAUGUCAUUGAGAAGAGCAAGGCUUCAGAGUUGGCCAAUUUCAUCCAGAGCAAAAGAGAUUUGGGUUGUCGAGCCAACUAUGUCCAAGUCAUUGAAGAGGGCAUUAACACAAUAAACCAUGCUGUCAAGGAGUUCUGGAAGAUCCUGGGGGGGCAGUCGAGUUAUCAGUCUGCAGGAACGCCAGAUGAAGAUGAGCUGUAUGAGGGCGCCAUUGUGGAGACCAACUGCAUUUAUCGCCUGAUGGAUGACAAACUGGUCCCAGAUGAUGAUUUUUGGGCCAAGAUGCCUCGCUGUUGUCUGCUCAAUCCUAAGGAGGUUCUAGUUUUUGACUUUGGCAGUGAGAUGUACAUUUGGCACGGGAAGGAAGUGACUUUGGCGCAAAGGAAGGUGGCUUUCCAGCUGGCGAAGCACUUGUGGAAUGGCACCUUUGACUAUACAAACUGUGACAUCAACCCACUGGACCCAGGAGAGUGUAACCCACUCAUACCCAAAAAAGGCCAGGGUCGCCCUGAUUGGGCAGUGUUUGGCAGACUGACUCAACACAAUGAGACCACCCUGUUCAAAGAAAAGUUCCUGGACUGGAGCGACUCCAGAAAAACUCCCAGUCCCAUAAAAAACAGCAGCGAUCACAGUACUGAUCAAAAGGAGCAGCCCAGCAGUGAUCAGCCCAGUGCAUGCAAUGCCUCACUGAUGCUGACCCUCCAUCAGACACCCGUCUGCACCAUCCUGGAUGGCUUCAAUGUGGGCCGGGGCUACGGCCUGGUGGAGGCAGAGGAGUGGCGCAGCUACGAGAUCAGCACUCUGGCAGUGGAGGUGUGGCACAUCCUGGAGUUCGACUACAGCCGCCUGCCGCGCCAGAGCAUUGGCCAGUUCCACGAGGGUGACACCUAUGUAGUGAAGUGGAAAUACAUGGUCAGCACUGCUGUUGGGAAGAGACAAAACCCGGAGCAGCUGAAGACGACAGGAGCGGGGAAGGAGAAGUGCUGCUACUUCUUCUGGCAGGGCCGCAACUCCACCGUCAGCGAGAAAGGAACAUCAGCACUCAUGACGGUCGAGCUGGAUGAAGAGCGUGGAGCACAGGUUCAAGUCCAGCAGGGAAAGGAGCCUCCAUGUUUCCUACAGUGCUUCAAGGGAGGGAUGGUCAUCCACUCAGGAAAGAGGGAAGAGGAGGAGGAAAAUUCGCAGAAUGAUUGGCGUCUGUACUGUGUGCGUGGGGAGGUGGAGGUAGAGGGCCAUCUGCUGGAGGUCGCCUGUCACUGCAGCAGCCUGCGCUCAAGAGUCUCCAUGGUAUUGCUGAGCGUCAGCCAGGCCCUCAUCUACCUGUGGCAUGGCUGCAAGUCUCAGGUGCACACGCGGGAGGUGGCACGCACUGCUGCCAAUAAGAUCAAAGAACAUUGUCCUCUGGAAGCCGGCCUUCACAGCAGCAGCAAGGUCACCAUCCAGGAAUGUGAUGAGGGAGCAGAGCCCACGGGCUUCUGGGAAGCCCUCGGGAGGCGGGACAGGAAAGCCUACGACUGCAUGCUGCAAGAUCCAGGCAGGUUUAAUUUCACACCUCAUCUGUACCAGCUGAGCAGCAGUUCAGGAGAGUUUGCAGCUGUGGAAUUUCUCUAUCCUGCCAGAGACCCCAAGCAGGUCAACUCCAUGCCCUUCCUACAGGAGGACCUGUAUGCAGCUUCCCAACCAGCCCUGUUCCUGGUAGACAACCACCAUGAGGUGUACCUGUGGCAGGGCUGGUGGCCUCAGGACAGUGAAAGCACUGGCUCGGCCCGAAUCCGCUGGGACUCGGACAGAAAGUGUGCCAUGGAGACGGUUCUGCAGUACUGCAGAGAAAAGAAUGAGAAGAAGCCUCCCAAAGCAUAUUUGAUCCAUGCUGGUCUGGAGCCACUCACCUUCACAAACAUGUUCCCCAGCUGGGAGCACAGAGAGGACAUCGCUGAGAUCACUGAGCGGGAGGCAGAAAUUUAUCAUCAGAUUAUUCUGGUUGAGGAUGUGUUGGCCCGGCUCUGUAAGACCACAUAUCCACUGGCAGAUCUCCUAGCACGGCCGCUGCCUGAGGGAGUGGACCCCCUCCGCCUGGAGGUCUACUUGUCUGAUGAGGACUUCCAGGGUGUGGGGGCUUAUGGGAAGAGAGCCCUGGAGAUGAGCAAAGAGGAGUUCGGCACUCUGCCCGGCUGGAAGCAGAUGAACUUGAAGAAAGCCAAAGGACUUUUCUGAAUGAUGAAAAACUGGGCGCUGCUGAAGUCAUCAGAAAACUCCGAGACUCCAAGGGUGGGGCUGCCUCUUCUGAGUUGACCCUUGAGCAGAUGAGGAUGGAUGAGAGGAGCUGUGGGCAUGUGUUUUGGUUGUAGGAGAGGAUUGUGAGUGGAUGCAUGUUUUAAUGGCAGUCAUGUAAAUUCCCACUCUGUUAAUGUAUGUACUUGUGUACUUUGAGCAGGAGCACCUUACACUGUCAGCCUUGCAGCCAUGGUGUCGGCAGGUCUGUCAGCCUGCUGAACUCCCUCUACAUGAUACUCUAUGUUUGUGCAUUAAAAAUAAAUUAUAUUUAUAUUAAAUCCAUGUAGAAUUUUUUUUUUAAAAAAAGGAAAAUCUCAAUAGAUAUUGAAAACCUAACAAAAUAAAGUGUAUAAUAAAUGUUGCAGAGGUUUGCAUCUCAUGUUCCAGCUGUACAGAUCAGUUUGCUGAUCAAAUGAAGCUCUUGGUAUGACUUGGUGUCAUUACUGUGGGACAGAUACAGAGUUGAUUAAAGGCAAAAAAAAAAAAGUUUGAUUUUUAAUUCUUUCAGUGUAUAGUGCCUUGCUUUGUGUACAGUUUAUAUACAGAUCCUAGUCUGCAUUUUGGAGACUGUUGUGAUAUAAAGAUGUAUUCUAGAAAUAAACCUGGAAAGUUUGAUAUCUGAA